AUGUCUCUUGCUCAAUCUCCCGAUCUCUCUUCCGACGAAAAUGCCUUCCACGGCGAUGAUCUUCACGACGCCGCCUUCGUCAGCCGCGGCUGUUGCCUCUGGCUCCCUUGCCUGAGAUCCAAUCCCUCGCAGUCUUGGUGGGAGCGGAUUAGGGCAGCCGAUAACGACGAUGAAUGGUGGCUUAGAGGCUGGAAGAGAUUUCGCGAAUGGUCAGAAAUCAUCGCUGGCCCUAAAUGGAAGACAUUCAUUCGUCAAUUCAAUAAGAAUCGCAAUCGUCAAUCUACUUUCCGUUACGAUCCUCUCAGUUAUUCUCUUAAUUUCGACGAAGGUCCAGCUCACGACGAUCCUUUCAGCGACGAUUUAGUCCGCCGUGAUUUCUCCACUCGAUUCGCUGCCAUUCCGGCCUCCGCUAAAUCGUCAAUGGAUCUAGGUAAGGACGGUCCGCCUUUCAUUUGA